UAGUAAACAGUCAUAAUGGCAACUACAAUUUUAGAACAAUUUUUUUCCUCACUGUCAAAAAGAAAAAAAAAUAUAAAAAUAAAAAACCACUUUUGUACAAAUAAUUAUCAUUUUUUGUGCAUAUUUUUAAUUUAGUAUUUAAUAUUGUGUGCAUCAUGGUGAAAUCGAAAUAUUUGCUAAUCAAUAAGCACACAUCAAGAAGGUCACAUGUUAAGUCGAUAAUCUUGAAAUCGAUGCACAUCAUAGCUAUUGCUUUGCUAAUUCUGAUAAUACGUGUAAUCUAUAUGCUAGAUGCACAUCAUUUUUAUCGCACUCCAAACGACAUAUCAUCGACGGAUUAUUUCGUAUUCACAUCUGAGUGCCGUAUACCCUAUGUGGAUCCAUUUUCUUCUGAAGCACUUGACAGAUUUGAGGAUUUUUCACAUUCGGAUUGCGGAAAUGAUGUAGCUCUCAUCCAGCAAUUUUAUGAUCAUGAAACUCGACAAUAUAAAUUACAUAUGAAUAUGUCGGCAAUUGAGGAAGUUACCAGAGCAAACGCUAUGAAUAUUAAUGAUAUGCGCUGCUGUUAUAGGAGAAUAAAGCGAGCAGGAGAAAAUGGUUUUAGUCUGUCGCCAUGUCAUCAAUUUCAACAAGAUUUUGUGGUGCCACGCAAUAUUGACUACUUAUUAACCGAGUGCUAUAGUAACAAAACGAAGGUGGUCGUUGAAAAGAACGCAUUUACAUUUAUACAAUAUCGCAAUUUAACAGGCUCAUACAAUGCCACAAGAAUUUCGAAAUCUGGUAUAAAGAGGCCAAGCGUACUUUUAUUGGGUAUUGAUAGUCUCUCACGCAUAAAUCUACGCCGUGUUAUGCCCAAAACGUUUAUGCAUUUGCAGAGAAACCAUUGGUUCGAGUUGCAGGGUUUUAAUAAGGUCGGCGAAAAUACGUUUCCAAAUUUAAUAGCACUCUUAACCUCAUACAAUGCAACGAUAGGCAAAGAGAAGUGUCAAUUCGACACUUACGGUGCCUUCAAUCAACGCAUUUGCAAUAUAAUUUGGAAAAAUUUUCGAGAUUAUGGCUAUCGAACAGCUUAUGCAGAAGAUAAGUACAGAUAUAGUACUUUUAAUUACGCCGCAUAUGGAUUUGUGGAACAACCAACCGAUUAUUAUCUACGACCUUUUACCAUAUGUAUUGAAAAUAAUUUGCACAUUAAGAAAAUACGUGACAUAGUGUCCUGCAUCGGUCAUAAAUAUUAUGCUGAGUACAUACUCGACUAUGCGCUACAGCUUUCCUUUACCUAUUCUGAAGAACCCAUUUUCGGACUAUUCUGGGUGAAUACGAUUGGUCAUGAUUACUUCGAUACGCCAUCGGUGUUUGAUUUAAAAAUGUUGGAAUAUCUUGAGAGAAUGCAAGCUGAGAAAAUUCUAGAACGUUCAAUUGUAUUCUUCUUAGGAGACCAUGGUAUGCGUUGGGGACCAUUAUUGAGAUUAAAAUCUGGUUUCUUAGAAGAACGUUUGCCAAUGAUGUUUAUAUCAUUACCACAAUGGUAUCGCAAUGAGCAUCCAGAUUUUGUAAAAGCCUUACAGGUGAAUAGAAAUCGCCUUACAUCACCUUUUGAUAUAUAUGCGACUCUGAAGAAUAUACUUGAAGUGACAAAUCCGCAAAAAGAAUUCCACUAUCUAAAUGACACUACCCAAGGCAUCAGCGUAUUUCGAGAAAUACCCGAGAAUCGUACUUGCCAUCAGGCUGGCAUUAGCGAUCACUGGUGCGCUUGUUUGUCAUAUAAAGUUGUUUCGAUUAACGAUACACAAGUUCAAAAAGUUGCUCACCUAUUAAUUGAUGAGAUGAAUAAAUAUAUCGUCAGUAAAAAUAUUGAAACAAAAUGUGCUGUUCUGACAUUAAGCGCUAUUCAAAAAGCUUUUCGAAAAACUGACGUUAAUGGCUACAAAAUGAAUAAUGUGAUAACAUACAGAUUAUGGUACUUGGUACAUCCUGGGUUACACAGUUUCGAAGCAACGGUUCUUUUUAAUACAAUUGCGAAUCAAAUUAAAAUUAAUAUCGAGGAUAUAAACCGUUUGGAUUCCUAUAAGCAGACGGCAUACUGUGUUGACGAGAAGCAAGCCAAAGAAUAUUGCAUUUGCCGCGAAUAAAUCUGCAUUGGAUUAUUUAUUUCAUAAACUUUUAUUAGCAACGAACUUGUAUUGGGUCAGUAGAUUGAUGCUGCCCGUUAUCAAAACUCAAAUAUUCACUGUGUGGACCACGUCGUGAAAUUAACGUGAAGUUCACUGAAAAAAUCAACAAAUUUUAAGCUUUGUUGUUAAGUUUAGUGC